AUGGGAUAUGUACUCAAAACAACCAGCUGGCUCCAGAGGCAGAGCUGCGCGUGUAACAAACAAGCCCGCUCCGGCAAGCACCCCGAUUGGAGCACGCCCCAACACGCCUCUCGAGCCGUGCAAGCACACAAGUGUUGGUGCGGCCUUGACUCGGGAGGUGUGCGCUAUAAAGGCGGCCUGCCAGCAGCGCCCGCAGCAAGGACAGAGACGCUGUUCUGCUCAGGCCUCCCUAUGCGCAUGCGCGCCCUUCUGCUCGUGGCGUGCGCCCUGGCGGCCUCUGCCGCGGGGCAGAAGAACCCCAACUGGUGGGGAGGGCGGAACACCAUCGUGCACCUCUUCGAGUGGAAGUUCUCUGACAUCGCCUCCGAAUGCGAGAACUAUCUUGCUCCCAAUGGUUUCGCAGGCGUUCAGUAUUUUACAACGCAAGAAGCAAUGUAUUCACCACAACACAUUAUUUAUCCCAGGGUCUACGUGGACGUGGUUUUCAACGAUAUGGCGGCCAACUGGCCCAACGCUGUAGGCUAUGGUGGCAGCACUGCUGAUACAUACAACCUGAUGUAUCCUGGAGUCCCGUAUGGGCCUGGAAAUUUCCACCCCAUCUGCGAAAUCACUAGUUACAGUGAUGCCAACUUGGUAAUGAACAUUAUUGUGGAUGCUGCCAAGCACAUGUGGCCCGCGGAUCUGGAAUACAUUUACAGCCAAGUAAAGAACCUCAACACCCAGUGGUUUGCAAGCAACACGAGGCCAUUCUUCUAUCAGGAAGUCAUCGAUCAAAGUGGAAACGAGGGUGUUCACAGCUAUGAGUACACCAGCUUUGGUGUUGUUACCGAAUUCAAGUACGGCUCUAUGCUGAGCAGUGCCUUCCAAGGCAACAACGCCAUUAAAUACCUCAAAAACUGGGGUCCUGAAUGGGGUCUUCUGGAUGGCGCUAGUGCGUUGGCUUUCAUUGACAAUCACGACAAUCAGCGCGGAUCUGGAGGUGGUGGCGACGUCCUCACCUACAAGACGGCUAAACUGUACAAGAUGGCGAUCGCGUUUAUGCUGGCCUGGCCUUACGGCAUCACUCGCGUCAUCUCCAGCUAUUACUUCACCAACACCGACGCCGGCCCUCCAAGCAAUAGCGACGGCACCAUCAAGGAUGUGUACGUCAACGGCGACGGAACGUGCAGCAAUGGCUGGGUGUGUGAGCACCGCUGGAGGGAGGUCCUGAACAUGGUGGCCUUCAAGAACACCGUUGAGGGUACGACCGUCGCCAAUUGGUGGGACAAUGGAGAUAUGCAGAUCGCUUUCAGUCGUGGAAAUGCCGGAUUCAUUGCUUUCAACGAUCAGUACAACACUGACUUCAAGCAGACUUUGCAGACUGGGCUCCCUCGAGGCACCUACUGUGAUCUGAUCUCGGGGUACAAGCAAAACGGUAGCUGCUCUGGCAAGUCCGUCACUGUCAACGAAGAUGGAACCGCUUACAUCCAGAUCCUUUCCUCUGAAGACAAUGGCAUGCUUGCUAUCUCCUCUGCUUCGAAAGUGAAUUGAAGAUAGUCUGUACCUGAAGAAGACCAAACUAAAAAAAAAUUCUUAACUUCAAAAAAUGUAUUCAUUAUGUUUAAAUAAAUAUUUUAAACGAUA